AUGCCUAGAAAGAAAGAGAGAAAAAGCGCCAAAAAGAAGAAAAAAAUGAACUCCGCGAGUCCUUUAACCAAAGCUGUCAUCGACGAUAAAGAAAAGAGUUUAUAUCAGAAGCAAAUUGCAUUUUUGAACGAGAAACUAGAAAGGUUUCAGAUCAAAUGUGCUGAACUGGAGAAGCAGAACAAAUUGCUAAUUUAUCAGUACAGCUCACUGAACACGGAGAAGAAGAAUGUUACAGAGUACCUGAAACACACACUCUCUGGGAAGGUGGACAAGGGUGAUGAUCUCCUGCAGUUUCUGGAGGCUCAACGUCAGGCUGCUGUCCAGGAGAAACAGUCCUUGCAGCUGAAACACGACAAACUGAGGCAGGAACUAGACGCCCAAAUUAAUGAACUUAAUGAAAAAAACGCAGUGCUCGUAAAGAAACUUGCUGAUUUGGAAGAGUUUCAGAGGCAAAAGCAUGAACUGAUGACAAAGCUUAAAAAUCUACAGAAGCAGCUGGAAUGCCAACAAGAAAAACACAAGGAUGAGAUCCACAGCCUGGAGAUGAAGGAUCUGCUGGAAAAGAGGAAGUUAAGGUUGGAGAUGGAAAGUGAAGUAGCAGCUAUGUCAUCCAAGGUCCAGCAUCUAGUGGAACAGAAGCUUCCAGAGAAGAUCAGGUCUGUGCUUCAGGAGAACACUGAGCUGAAGACUCGUCUCAGCAAGCUGUCAGAGGCGACAGAGUCCCUGCUGGAGGAGAACACGUCUCUGAGGGAACGCCGCAGACAGCUCAGCAUCGACAACGACAUCCUGGAGCAAACGGUCCGUGAGACGUCUCCGAUCAGCUGCGUCUGCAGGAAGGAGGUGCAGCAGCUUAGGGGAAAGUUUCAGCAGCUUCAGGAGGAUGUCAGUGAAAAGCAGCAGCAACUGGAUCAGCUUCAAACUGAGCACACACGAGUCCUGGCCGACAUGGAGGCACUAGAGUGGAGCAGUAGCCGGAUGGAAAGAAAUCAGCUGGAGUUCAAGCUGAAAGACGAGAGGAGGAGGAAGAACAGGAUGAGGAGCAUCAUGCAGGACGCAGUAGGGUUUCUCCUACAGGUGCUGAAGGAGGCUCCAACACAACAGACGAACGUGGACGCUGUCCCCCCGUGGAGGACGACUCUGCAGAACCUGCAGGAGCUGCUGAACCGACAAUCAAUCAGAGCUCCGUCUGCACAGAGAGAGCUGCAGAUAUCGGACCCAGAUUCAACACGAGCGGAGCGCCUGGAUCCAGAGAGGAGACAGUUCCAGAGCAGCAAGGAGGUGGAGGAAACGGACCUGAUCCUGGUGAGCGUCUGA